AUGGAAAGAUUGUUGAAAAGUUGGAAAGAAUCUAAUCAAUUCCUUUCAUUAUUAUCUGGUUUGUUAACGGGUUUUCUUCUUUCCGAUUUUCUUUGUUUUCUUAGUUUCACAAGAUUAUAUAGUGUUGAGAUUUCGAUUUUUUUUUUCUUAGGUUGGAGAGAUGAAAAAUAUACGAUUUAUGCACCGAGAUCGGGUUCUAGGAUUGCACUUCAGCUUGAAAGAUCUGGGUGUCAGUUAUUUAGUUUUUUGACUUUUGGUGCUCAUUUGACUGCUUAUGUUAUAAAGGAUGAUCAGUAUCAUUUUUGGAUUCCACGUAGAUCAUCUACAAAACAAACGUAUCCAUCCAUGUUAGAUAAUACAGUAGGAGGUGGAAUUACUGCAGGUGAAAGUGCUAGAGAAACGAUAAUUCGAGAGUGUUUUGAAGAAGCUAGUUUAAGUGAAGAGGUUGUUUUAAAAGGACUGAGAUCUACUGGAUUGAUUAGUUAUGCUCAUAAGAAUUCAGAUGGAUGGGUUUCAGUACGUCCAGAAGUUCAGUAUCUUUAUGAUUUAGAAUUAUCAUCAAAUAUCAUUCCAAAAUCAAAUGAUGGUGAAUCAAUAGAUUAUACUUUAAUGAGUUUUGAUCAACUCAAGAUCAGUUUAUUGGAUUGCUCUCAUGAAUGGAAACCGAAUUGUGCUUUAGUUUUGAUUGAUUUUUUUAUUAGACAUGGAUUAAUUGAUGAUGAGAACGAGAUGGAUUUUAUGAAGAUUUGUUUAAAACUUAAAGAACAGAUUCCUUUACCUGGUCCUUGA